AUGGUUGAAUGCGCAUGCUCUCCAUUAUCCAAUUAGGGGACUCGUUAGGUUUGUUUUGCUGCUUCCUGAGGAUUUUGGGUAAAACGCAAAUUAGUUCCGGUUUCCGGCUGGUGCUUUCUGUGGUUGCAAAGAUGUCGGAGCGUGAAAGUGAUAUGUUUUCUAACCCCCUGGCCCCUGAAGGCCACGAAGUGGAGGACAUUCGUUCGUAUCAGCAAUCGAAACUGACGAACGAUGACUUCCGAAAACUGCUUAUGACUCCACGUUCAACUCCUUCUUCAGCUCCGCCUACUAAAUCCCGCCAUCAUGAAAUGCCACGUGAAUAUAAUGAGGAUGAAGAUCCAGCUGCUCGAAGAAGAAAGAAAAAGAGCUACUAUGCUAAGCUGCGACAACAGGAGAUAGAGCGGGAGAAAGAACUAGCAGAAAAAUACAGAGACAGAGCCAGGGAACGACGAGAUGGUGUUAACAAAGAUUACGAAGAAACCGAGCUUAUCAGCACUACAGCCAAUUACAGGGCUGUGGGACCAACAGCUGAAGCUGACAAAUCUGCAGCAGAGAAAAGGCGCCAGUUGAUCCAGGAGUCCAAGUUCUUGGGUGGUGACAUGGAGCACACUCACUUGGUGAAAGGUCUGGAUUUUGCUUUGCUGCAGAAGGUCCGUGCUGAGAUUUCCAACAAAGAAAAAGAAGAAGAGGACAUUAUGGAGAAACCCCAAAAGGAAACAAAGAAAGAUGAGGACCCAGAAAACAAAAUAGAAUUUAAGACUCGCCUUGGUCGCAAUGUCUACCGCAUGCUGUUUAAACCAAAAGCAUAUGAAAGGAAUGAGCUGUUCCUGCCUGGCCGAAUGGCAUAUAUUGUGGAUUUAGAUGAUGAGUAUGCAGACACAGAUAUCCCAACAACACUGAUACGUAGCAAAGCUGACUGUCCCACAAUGGAGGCUCAAACAACGCUCACCACCAAUGAUAUCGUUAUCAGCAAGCUUACUCAGAUUCUGUCCUACCUAAGGCAAGGAACUAGAAACAAAAAGCUGAAGAAGAAAGACAAAGGACGUCUAGAUGAAAAGAAACCUCCAGAAGCUGACCUGAGUAUUUUUGAUGAUAUUGGAGACUAUGUCCCGAGCGCAACCAAAGCUCCACGGGAAAAGGAGCGUGACAAGCACAGAGAGAAGGACCGGGAUAGAGAAAGGGACCGCCCGCGUGAACGGGACAGAGAUCAUGACAGAGACCGGGAGAGAGACAGAGAGAGAGCAAGAGAAAGAGAGCGAGAGCGUGAAAGGGAAGAAGAGAAAAGGAAGCACAGCUACUUUGAGAAACCCAAAGCUGAUGAUGAUGAAGAUGAUGAGCCUAUUGAUACUGACAAAGGACCUGGAUCUACCAAGGACCUUCUGAAAUCCAUCAAUGACAGUUUUGCUGGUGCUCCUGGAUGGAUGGAAUCAGACUUAUUAAUGAAGAAACAUGAAGACACGCAAGUGGGAGAUUUCUUUGGAAUGGGCAACAGCUACGCUGAAUGUUACCCAGCCACCAUGGACGCCAUGGCAGUGGACAGUGAUGAAGAAGUAGAUUACAGUAAAAUGGACCAGGGUAACAAGAAGGGCCCCUUAGGACGAUGGGACUUUGAUACACAGGAAGAGUACAGCGAUUAUAUGAAUAACAAAGAAGCAUUACCCAAGGCUGCUUUCCAGUAUGGCAUCAAAAUGUCUGAAGGGCGUAAAACACGGCGCUUCAAAGAGACAAACGAGAAAGCUGAGCUGGACAGACAGUGGAAAAAGAUUAGUGCGAUUAUUGAAAAACGAAAAAAACUCGAGGCUGAUGGGGUUGAAGUGAAAAGGCCCAAAUAUUGAAAAGCUCCAGCCUGAAAACCUUUCAUUUUAGCCAGACUGUAAUUGACGCUGUAGCUUUAAGCUGGCAGCUGUGUCUAACAAUUGAUCAUUAAAACCAAAAGGAAUGCUUAAAGGGGUUGUUCACCUUUGCAUUAACUUUAAGUAUGAUGUAGAAAGUGAUAUUCUCCAGCGAUUUGCAAGUGGUCUUCGUUUUCUUUAUCAUUUGUGGUUUUUUAAUUAUUUCAAUUUUUUUUUUUGUACAGCAUUUCUCCAGUUUUCUGGUUGCUAAAGGGUCUAAAGGAGCAACCAGGCAGUGGUUUGAAAGAAAGACUGGAAUAUGAAUGAGGGAAUUGAAUAGAGAGACAACAGUAACAAUAAAAUCAUAGCCUCGUGAAGCAAUAGAUUUUUUUUGGGCUAUUGGGGUCGGUGACCCCCAUUUGAGAGUAGGAAAGGUUAAGAAAAAGAAAGCAAAGUUCACUUCAACUAAACCUUUAUGGUUUGACCAGACUUGUGUUAAUGGGCUUUUCAUGCAUUUCACUUGUGUUGGUACCUGUAACUAAGUGCUGUUUUUCAAUGUCACUUUUGAUUCAGUAGUAUAUCAUUAAAUAUUUUAUACCCCGUU